AUGGUAGAUGCUUCUGGCACUCAUGCAGUAGAAACUGAGAGCAAACCCAAUUUAUCGUCAAUGUCAAAUGCAUGCGGUCGAAAUGGAAUAAGCGCUGUGGCAAUGCCCAUCGCUCUAGCAGACCUUCCUAUUCAAAGCCAAAUGUCGGUUCUGAAUAAGAAGCUUGAUAUCAUCUCAAAAAGAUGUGAUAGAAUUGAAGGUAUGAUUUUUACUAGAGAUGACACCACUUUAUCUUCGGUGAAUGAUCUUUUCACAAUUGUGCAAACAUUAUUGAAUACACAGGCCAUUCUCGAAGAAGAGAUGAAUAAUCUCCAGGAAACAAAAACAAAAAUUGAUAUGAGAGCUAUUAAGCGAUUAGAAAAGAUCUACACGGAAUUACCGGCAAGCAAUUCUGAAGCAAAGCAAAAUAAUCAGGACAAUAAACAACAAUACAUGGAUUCCAAUGGUGAAGCCAAUGAAAUUGACAAGCGUGCCUCCAACACGAAUGCCAAUAUAACUAUGGAUGCUAAUCAUACAACCGAAUCAGAAAUAUCCGACGAAAGUAUAGAGGUGCUAGGAGAGCAGUCUCCACUGCAUUCAACCAUAAUACCUACCACUAUAAAUUUAUCGGAAAAUGCGUUGACCCCAGGAACUAAGAUGUUGGUUGGAACAAAUUGUGCACAAUGCUUGAAAGCAAAAACUCCGAGCUUUAUCUCCAAUGGCAGUGACAUAUUUAGAAAUACUACAAGCGCCAAUGAGGGAUCAGAGAGACAAGGUUGUUCUGUCCCAAGUGAAAAUAUCUCUGAAUCUUCACCAGGUACUGAUAACAAAACAUCUACUCAAUCAAAAAAUACAAGCCCACGUAGCAUCAAGGAGGUGGCUCUUAGUAGUAACCAACAAUUAUAUUACGAAAAGUUGAAGGAGAAAUGGGCAUCGAACUCAAAGAUUGAAAGAAAAGUAACACAAGAGGCCCCCUCAGUAAGUGAGAAAAAAGCUAAUAAUGUACGGGGAUUAGAUUCCAUAAAUAAACAAUAUAAGGCUCCAACUUCCAGAGAACACAGUAAUGGGAUUGCGGGCUCCCAAAUCUCUAAUGACAGUAAAACCGUGCCGAGUGUACUGACUGGUUGCAAUAAUUCGACUACUACCUCGACUUCGACGUAUAGCAAAGUUGCUGAGAAUGAGUCUAUCCAGGCCAGUCCUGUAAUGGGAUCUGUACUUAAAGAAGAUGAGUCUGCGGCUUUUGAAGGAGAAGAAAUAAUGAAUUUACCUACUAUUGCAGCACAGAGAGCAUCUCAUUUACAUGAUAAAGAGGCUUCUUCUCCAAAGAGGACGAAGGAACUAAUACUUACCAUUCCUAAGGUCAAUAAAGCUCCCUUAUUCGAGGAAAAAUUCGGUGAAGAAACGGGCAAGUCGCCAGAUAAAAAUGUGCCAACUAUUUUAACUUUCAAUACUAACCAUUUAGAUGGAAAGAACUUGACAGUAAAAUUACAAGCAAAAGCGAAGGAAAUCAACGAAGAGGAGAAGAAGAUAUUAAAAAAUAUAAAUUUCCAACAACUAAAAAGAAUCACCGUGAAGUAUAAAGACGAAACCAAAGUCAUCAUACCUAUCAAUACGACGAGCAAGAGCCGGCCAUCCAUGAAGGAGAGCUCACCAACACAAUACUGCCCACCUCUCAAGGAAGCUUCACCCUCAAGACAAAGUAAAUCCCCGUCACCAUUAUCGGUGAAAGAUAAGUUAGUAUCGCCGAAGAAGGGUCUGAUACCGUCACAACUCCCAAGCUACACCGAGAAACCGCUUAUUACAUGGAGGAAACAGGAAGUACCGCCAGAGCGAGAACUGUUCACAUUUGAUGGACGGUAUUAUGUAGAUAAAGAAAGUAAGAAAAUGGUUACAGCGUCGACAUUUGUCGAUACGCAUUACACCUGGCUUAAAAAAACUGCAAAACCUUCGACUCAGAAAGACAAAAUAACAACUGUCCCAAUGUCUGCAAUGAUAAGAGAUGAAAGUCUUGAUGCUACACAUGUUUUAGGUAAAUGCAUCAUGGAUAAGCAUUAUCUUCAUACGUUGGAAUUUUUCUUUCUGGAAUUUAUCUGGGAAGAUCGUCUUAUUCAAUUGGGGCUGGAAGUGGAGGAUGAUCCGAAGACAGUUAACUUCCAUUAUUUAUUAUUUUCCACUAUAGUCCACUGGAGAGAUGCUGCCCGAAAGGAAAGAGGCCUAGAGAGCUAUACAAUUUUACAUGCCGUUAAGGAACUGGAACAUUUUAGAUUGGCUCUCAAAAAAUCUGUAUCAUGGUUUUACAGGAACACAAUUUUGGUAGAGGACCUUCUAAAUACAUACCUUGAACAACCUGAUGUGAAUUGGAUGUAUUCGGAUAAACAAGCGUUGCCUAUUUUGAACAGAGACGGUCUGAAUGAGAAUAAUAUAAAUGAGGCUCUAGAAUCAGCCCUUGGUAUAACCAAAGCAAAUGAUAGAUCGAAGAUAAGUAAGGGAAAGAGUUCUCAUCCGCUUCUCCAGACAUGA